ACCAGCCGUCACUCGGGACGUCACUUCCUGCGGGGUGGGAGCACCAUGUCUCGGCUGCGCGUGGAUGUGUUGGGGGGUCUUUGACAGGAGCAGCGGCAGCGGCACAGCGGGGAGAAAACGUGGACGUGCUCGGCGUCAGGGACAGUGACCCCCCCUCCCUCCUCCUCUUCUCCUCUUCUUCCUCCUCUUCUCAGCGACCCCGCGUCAUAACAGCGAGUUUUUAACCAAGGAGAUGGCUGCUUCGGAUUGGGCUGUCCGCUCUAAGUCUGAUGUUUAGCGGUGCCACCAGCACGCUCCUCCAUCACAAUGGUCGACAUGGAGAGCCACUACCACCCCCCGUCUCCCCUGGAGGACUCUGUGCUGGAUGGCCCACUGUGUGGUGAUGACGAUUUUAUGGGCAGCAUGGAGGCGCUUCAGGAUAUCCCCACGUCCAUCGACGAGGAUGCCAUCAGCUCCCUCGACGUCCCAGAGUACCAAUCCUCACACAAUGGAUCCGAAGGUUCCAGCAUUCUAGACGCUUUGACGCCAGCGUCCAGCCCGUCCUCUGUUGUUUACGGGGUGGCUCCGACCCAGGAGGAGCUCCUGUCUUCGUCCUCGGCGCUCAACCUGGAGUGUCGUGUGUGCUCUGACCGAGCCUCGGGGUACCACUACGGAGUUCACGCCUGUGAGGGCUGCAAGGGUUUCUUUCGGCGGACCAUCCGUCUGAAGCUGGAGUACGACAGGUGUGAGCGCCGCUGCAAAAUCCAAAAAAAGAACCGCAACAAGUGCCAAUACUGCCGCUUCCAGAAGUGCCUGGCCGUGGGCAUGUCCCACAAUGCCAUCCGGUUCGGUAGGAUGCCCCAGUCAGAGAAGCUGAAGCUGAAGGCGGAGAUGGUGACGGAGGAAAGGGAGGUGGUGAACCCCCAGCUUGCAGACCAGAAGACCCUGGCCAGGCAGAUAUAUGAGGCCUACCUGAAGAACUUCAACAUGAACAAAGCCAAGGCUCGGACCAUACUCACGGGAAAAACCAGCACCCCUCCGUUUGUGAUUCAUGACAUGGAGACGCUGCAGCUGGCAGAGCAGACACUGGUGGCCAAGAUGGUCGGCUCGGCGGGAGCGCUCAAGGAAAGGGAGGCGGAGGUUCGGAUUUUCCACUGCUGCCAGUGCACGUCCGUGGAAACAGUCACGGAGCUCACGGAGUUUGCGAAGUCCGUCCCGGGCUUCUCGAGCCUCGACCUCAACGAUCAAGUGACCCUCCUGAAGUAUGGAGUGUACGAGGCCCUUUUCGCCAUGCUCGCCUCCAGCAUGAACAAAGAUGGCCUCCUGGUGGCCUACGGCUCAGGCUUCAUCACGCGGGAAUUCCUCAAGAGCCUGAGGCGACCGUUCAGCGAUAUGAUGGAGCCCAAGUUCCAGUUUGCCAUGAAGUUUAACUCGCUGGAGCUGGACGACAGCGACCUGGCUCUGUUUGUUGCUGCUAUCAUCUGCUGUGGAGACCGACCAGGCCUGGUGAAUGUGGCCCAUAUCGAGGUGAUGCAGGAGAGCAUCGUGCACGUCCUCCAGCUCCACCUGCUGGCCAACCACCCUGACGACACGUUCCUGUUCCCCAAGCUGCUGCAGAAACUUGCUGACCUCCGGCAGCUGGUCACGGAGCACGCACAGCUGGUGCAGGAGAUCAAAAAGACAGAGGACACGUCGCUGCACCCACUCCUACAGGAGAUCUACAGAGACAUGUACUGA